CGGGUUGUAAAGGAAAGAUCACCGCGAAUAAGUGAAAGUCAGCGUGAUAGCUUUUGUUUUUCUGCUGUGGCAUCCAGACCACCGAGAUAGUUAAUUUUGCAGUUAGUACCCGGGCACUAUGGCGUGUGGGGCUACUUUGAAACGCUCUAUGGAGUUUGAGGCCCUGCACAGUCCUCAAUCUCCUAAACGUCGAAGGUGCAACUUGCUCCCCGGGUCGCCGGCCACUCCAUCCCCUCAGCGAUGCCACCUACGACCCGCUACCGAGAUGCAGUCUCCACCGAUGGUUCCCGAGUCGAUGCCUAGAGAGCAGAGACUGACUCCUGAACAGAUCUUCCAAAACAUCAGGCAAGAGUAUAGCCGUUACCAGAAACGGCGGCACGAAGAAGCCCUCACCCAGAAUGAGAGUCACAGCCCAGGGGAUGAACGUAGCACCAGCCCUUCUCUUAUUGCUGCACCAAAUUCCCCUCCAGGUAUGUCCAUGAAGAGAGACCAGCCUUCAUUCACAAUGCGUCAGGUUAGUUACCUGUGUGAGCGUCUUCUUAAAGACCAUGAAGAGAAAAUCAGAGAAGAGUAUGAACAGAUUCUCAACACAAAACUGGCAGAACAGUAUGACUCUUUUGUGAAAUUCACUCAGGACCAGAUCGUGCGGCGGUAUGGCACUAGGCCAGCAAGCUAUGUUUCGUGAAGAUUCCAAACAGGUACAGGCUUUCAGCAUAAAAGUCGCCGCUUCGCCGAGGCCACCCUUUCUUUUUCGGUCUCUAUUUCAAACCUGCUGGAUGCCAUCAUUUUAAUCCACAUUUUCAGGGUUGUUGUUUUUUUUUUUUACUGAGUUCAGAGUCAGUUAACAGACGAGAGAGUGCUCAUUGUGGGGUAAACGGCUGGGUGAUGUCUCCCUUUUUUUAAGUGCCGUGGAAAGCCGAGCGCUUAUGACUGUUCUAUUAAUCCUGCCAAAACUCUCACAGCUGCAGUUCUUUAAUCCUGUUUGCCUCUGUGCUUGCAAACCAUACUUGAAAAUGUGGAUUUUUUUUUAAUUUGGGUUUUUUUUGUGUGUGUGUGUGUGUGUGUGUGUGUGCUUUGGGUUUUUUUUUUUCCCAUGAAAAUAUAAAAAUUUCCUUCGGUUUAACAAAUUCCUCAGAUAUUUUCUAACUGUAUAUAUCUAGUCCUUCAGUGCAUUACACUUGGUUGUAAACAGCCAAAUUUUAAUUUUAUGUUGUAUGGCUGAAAAUGUGUCCUUCGGUCAGACAAAGAACGUAGAUGUGUUAACAUGUAAGAAGCUGCUCUUGCUACUACGCUGAAACAACCUUGUCAUAUAACCCCAGUAGAUUUAGUGGUAACAAUGAUGUACAGUAGUCGUGCAUGUGUGCCUAAACUGAGCUAUUUGUCAAACCCUAACAAUACCAAAAAAGAAGAAGAAGAAGAAGAAGAAGAACGGACCUGUUUGGAAGAGUGGCUUAGCUCUGCUCCUAUGGAGACCACAGAACUACCUGUGGAAUUUUUCUUCCUUUUAAUGAAAAAAAGAGACAGAAUGAUUUUUAGCUAGGUUGUGAAAUUAAAGUGGAAAGAGUAGAGUGUGACUGGGUACAGAUGGAUGGAUGGAUGGAUGCACAUUUUCAUAGUUACUUUUGUUUUCCUCCCCUCUUAAUGGAGAUGAUAUAUUCACCUACGCGAGUGUGUCUUAUCUUACAGAAUGUGUUUGUUUUUUUUCCCUCUUGUCUGUAGCAGCAUUUUAAAAUGCAGUUUCAUUUCAUUAUUUUAUUUGUUUCUUGUUUCUUUGAAUGGAAUGUCUCAUAAAAUUAGACUCUUUCUGAAUGCUCUGUUUCUCAUGUGUCCCUGAGGGACUGCCAUGUGAAUCAUUUCUGGGCCAUUUUACAUUAGCAGUCAAUACUGUCAAAAGUCAGACAACCAGUAUUAAGUAACAUGGACCAAUUGACCAUUUAGUCUGGAGUGUGCCUGAGGCAGCGUUCCAGACGAAAGAGCAAGACAGCAGUUAUUCAGUUGUGACAGUGAUUCUGAUUAUUUCAAGGUUUAAUGGCACAAAUAUGUUACAGUAUUGGAUAAUGUGCUUCUGAAACAUGCAUUGUAACUGGCCCAGACAGUUCAUAAAGGGAUGGUCUUCAUCUUUGCCAUGAAGUCAAAUGAUUCUCAGUGCAGACUGUAUACAAUGAUAUAAUGUACAAUUGUCACUUCAUUGAAAAAUUUGGAAUGUAACUAGCUUAAGGAGAUGAGUGUCUCCCAUCAGUCACGUGUGAAUGUGCAUUAUUGAGAGGUCUAAACACAUUUUACUAGAGAGGGCUAUUCCAGUGAAUGGGCAAUAUUUUUUUUUUCAUGGUGUAUAACAAGGUGGGUUUGAGAUGAUGCCUGUGAAGUGUCCAGAGGGUUCAGUGGUAAACUGAAUAAUGCCGUGAUUACUAUUUCUACUUAAAUAC